AUGUGCUGCUCUGAAGAUUCAAUUAACGCCACCAGUAGUGGAAUGGCCCUCGUCUGCUUGAUCCUUAACAUUUUCAUCCCAGGUGCUGGAACCGUUGUCAACGCUGUCAGUGGUCACAAGGUCUGUCCAGGUGUUCUCUAUGGAGUCCUCCAAUUCAUUUUCACCAUGUUCUUCUUCGGAUGGAUCUGGUCUAUUGUCUACGGAAUCAAGAUCGUCCAAGUUGCCGAGAAGCACGGUCAUCAUGAUGGCUACAAAUCAAACCACCACGACGACCACCAUCACGACCACCACGGUCACCACUGA